AUGGACACGAGCGCGUCGUCGUCUCAAGUUGCCGCAGCCGCCGUCGCAGUAGCGAUGGCGCUGCUGGUGCCGAUCCUGUCGGCCGCGGCCGGCGGCGACGGCUGGGAGGACGCGCACGCCACGUUCUACGGCGACGAGACCGGAGGCGAGACCAUGCAGGGCGCGUGCGGGUACGGUGACCUGUUCCAGCAAGGGUACGGGCUGGAGACGACGGCGCUGAGCGUGGCGCUCUUCAACGAGGGCUGGUCCUGCGGCGGGUGCUACGAGCUGCUGUGCCACGACAGCACGUACUGCGCGCCCGGCGGCGCGACGGUGAGGGUGACGGCGACGAACCUGUGCCCGGCAAACUACUCCAAGCCGAACGAGAACUGGUGCAACCCGCCGCUGCGGCACUUCGACCUGUCCAAGCCCAUGUUCCUCCGCCUCGUCACCGACUUCCGCGCCGGCAUCAUCCCCGUGACCUACCGCCGCGUGCCAUGCGCCAAGCGCGGCGGCAUCCGGUUCGAGAUGAAGGGGAACCAGUGGUGGGUCGGCGUGCUCGUCUUCAACGUCGCCGGCGCGGGGGACGUGAAGGCAAUGGCCGUGAAGGGGUCCCAGGACGGGCAGUGGGCGGACAUGUCGCGCAACUGGGGACAGAUCUGGAACGGAGACAAACGGCACGUCGGGCAGGGGCUCUCGUUCCGCGUCGUCGCCAGCGACGGCCGCGCCUUGGUGCUGGACGACGUCGUGCCGCCGGCGUGGGCGUUCGGCCAGAGCUUCGAGGCCAGCGGGCAGUUCUGA